CGAAUAGUGACCAUAUAAGGGUGGUCUUUGUCUCAGUAAGCGUUAAGGUACGAAACACUCGUUGUUACAAAUUCAAAAUAAAAGAUUAUAAAACGUGAACGAUAUUGCAUGGCUUCCACUUAGAGUGCGCAGGAUAUUAAGGAUACACAUAAUUUCAGUAAACCAUUAAAUUUAACAAGUGCAACGGUAGAAAAGGAUAUCAGUGCGGAAGAAAGAAAACUACUAAUAGCUUUGGCUAGUUAACGCCGUUGUGCCUUCAUACAUAAUCACCACUCUACUACUAAAUGAGUUCGCAAGAACACAACUCACAAGUGAAAUACAGUGAAGUAAGUCCUUUUCAGAUAAGCGACGGAUAUUCACGCAGUACCAGAAUGGAGCCAGUUAAGACUAUAAGAAUUUUCAUCGCUGCUGUUGCGGCAAAUUUAUCAGCUUUUGCGGUCGGCAAUUGUCUCGGCUGGACGUCACCAGUAGGACCCAAAUUGAAGGCGCAAGAUACCACCGACUCGCCACUAGAUACGCCAAUCACAUCUGAAAACGAUGCCUGGAUUUCAUCGAUUUUGGCAUUGGGUGCCUUGGCAGCACCUUUUAUUGCUGGUCCACUUGCCGAUAGAAUUGGCCGUAAAUGGGUGCUACUUUCCAGUUCGAUCUUCUUCAUUGUCGCUUCAGUUUGCAUGAUGGUCGCUAGCCAAGUAUGGGUGUUAUUACUUGGCCGUCUCAUUCAAGGUUUCGGUGUAGGCUUUGUUAUGACUGUGCAACCAAUGUAUGUUGGUGAGAUUGCGACAGAUGCGGUACGCGGUGCCACUGGCUCACUCAUGCAGCUGUUCAUUGUUGCUGGCAUUCUGUACGUGUACGCUAUCGGUCCAUAUGUAUCUUACAUGGCUUUGCAAUGGUGCUGUCUUGUUAUACCAAUUAUCUUCGAUGUCGUAUUCUUCUUCAUGCCCGAGAGUCCUUACUACUAUGCUGGCAAAGGCCAUAAAUCUGAUGCAUUGAAUUCUCUGCAGUUUUUGCGUGGCCAGAGCUUGGAUAUUGUUCAGGAUGAGAUGGCUACCAUUCAGGGUGAAGUUGAGGAGUCGAUGGCCAAUAAGGGCACCUUUAUUGACAUUGUUAAGAAUCCCGGCAACCGCAAAGCACUCAUCAUCUCAGCCGGUCUGGUCGCCUUCCAGCAGCUGUCCGGUAUCAACGUUGUGCUUUUCAACAGUCAAUCGAUUUUCGAGGGUGCCAACACCGGCUUGGAUCCAGCCAUUGCCACCAUUAUUGUAGGCUGCGUGCAAGUGGGCUCAUCUGGUUUGACACCUAUAAUUGCUGAUCGUAUGGGUCGCAAGGUUAUCUUGCUGAUUUCGGCAUUCUUCAUGAGCGUUGGCUUGGUUGCAUUGGGCUCCUUCUUCUACGUUCAAGCUGUUGGCGAUGCAAGCAGUCUUAGCUGGCUGCCAGUACCUGCACUUGUACUGUAUAACAUUGUCUAUUGCAUUGGUUUCGGUCCACUUCCAUGGGCGGUGUUGGGUGAAAUGUUCCCAGCCAAUGUUAAGUCAAUCGCUUCGUCGAUCGUCGCUUCGACAUGCUGGACUCUAGGUUUCGUGGUGACACGUUGGUACCCAGCGCUGGACGCUUUGGGUUCAUACUAUGCCUUCUGGUUGUUUGCUAUCUUCUGCGUUAUUGCCUUCUUCUUUGUCCUCUUCAUUGUGAUGGAAACCAAAGGACUGAGUCUUCAGGAAAUUCAAGAUAGGCUAAAUGGCAAGAAGCCAAACUAAGUUAGGCGAAUGUGUGUGAGGCGGAGGCAUUCACAUCCGCAUGCUGUAAGAUAAUUUAUUUGUGACUGUAUGUGUGCAUCAUUCUGUAUGCACUUUGUUCCUUAUUGUAAUGGUGAUAGCCCCAUAGGGGGCCACGAUGACCAGUGCGGUGGUGUGGGAUUCUGAAUGAAGACGCUUCAAAAGUAUUUUUGUUGCUUAACCAAAUGUAAUCUUAUAGUAUUUCUAGUCCGUAAGAAAAUAUAGUUGAAUUUAUUAAGUAAAUUUAAUUAUAAAUAUUUAAUGUAUAAAUUAAUUAAAUAAAAACGAUAUUAUAA